AUGGAUGAUAUAAAUUUAGAUCCCCGAAAGAAGGCCGCACCUUUGCCUACCCAUUGUGACACCCCUCUUACUUUAAACAAUGCCAGAAAGGCUCUACUGGUCCCUGCUCCAGGGCAACACAUUGACAAACGCAACUGGGUGAGAAAAGAAUAUGAGGAAAUGAAUAGGGCUCUAUAUUUUAAAGAGCCCAAUUUGUUUGAUCUUGCUAAAGUUCAAUUCACAUUCCUAAAUCAACUACCUAUUCCUAUUGCAACACUCCCACUUUUAGAGUACAGACAGGCUUUGAGAGUAGCUAAAGAACUUUAUACUCUGCAAGUUUUAAAUCCGUUAAAACAUCUUGGAGUCUCUGGUGUAGAUAUUGACAUCCAACCAUUAACAGCAAACAAACAGCUGCAGAAAUUAUAUCUAAUUAAGUGUUUCUGGGAGGAGGCAGUAAUUUUGAGUGGGUCUACUACCACAACAAGUGGAUCUUGGUGGACUAAAAGACCAAAUAAACUAAUUGAAUAUCGACUACCAGGACUUGAUAUGAUCGCUGGCUCAAACCUGUUUAUGAUACAAACCACUUUAAACACAAUUCUGGUCUCUCGAGAUCAUUUAACAAUCUUAUCUGACUUAGCAGCGGAGCGUUUCAAUGUAUAUUUCCAGUCAAUUCUGGCUGAACUUCAAGGAUCUCAAGAUACUCCCACCCAGAGUGAAUUGGACACUUUUAUUAAAACAGGGGAGUCCGUUUCUACACAGUAA